AUUGAAUUGACGCGUAUUUUUUCUUCUCAGUAGCAAAUUUAUCAAAAGCAUUCAAUGUGAUACGUGUCACUUGAUUACACCCAAAGGUUUCCUAUCGAAAACGUAAUCUUAGAAAGAUAAAGGAGAAAAAGAAGUGUUGAUUCCAAAACCUGUAUAUCUGUGAAACGAGCGUGUGUCUGGGACGCGGAAAAGCUGGGUUUCUCCAUUUCAAUUCCAUUUCUAAAGUUGUACAAAGUCCAAAGGAUGACCGUAGCAUCAAACACAAAAUUAAUACUCACCGGCGCCGCACUGCUCGUAGCUGUCGUUGGUUGCUCAGUGGCAGUGACAAGAGCAAUGGCAAAUAUUGAAAAUCCCCCUGAAGACGACGGAGGGCAACCCACAUCGGCGAAAAUCGUUCGCAGCAUCCGAAACACAAUGAAUGAUACGCGAUACGUUAUGGGACCACCAAUUCAGGCCUAUAUAAUCCCAUCGGUUGAUGUACAUCAAAAUGAGGAUACAACAGAUCGCGACAAACGGGUCGCGUAUGUUUCUGGAUUUACGGGCUCAUCUGCCACAAUUGUGAUUGAAGAGGGUGCCGCUGCUUUUUGGACUGACAGUCGAUAUUUUAUGCAAGCUAAAAACCAACUAGAUAAUGAAACUUGGAUAAUAAUGAAAUCGGGACAGCCAGCGACAAAAUCAAUCCAAGAAUGGCUAGUUGAAAAAUUACCCCAAAAUUCACGCGUGGGCAUCGAUCCAUUUUUAAUGAAAGCAAAAGAAUUUCAACAGCUUUCGGCAUAUCUUGAAUCUCAUGGUCAUAAUUUGAUUGCGCUUCCAACAAACUUGGUUGAUGUGGUAUGGAAAAAUCGCCCUGAACUCAAACUGAAAGAACUUGAGCCGAUUGGAGACCAAUUUUCGGGCAAAAGAGUUCCGCAAAAGUUGGCGGAAGUGCGAAAAGCAAUGAAAGCUCUGACAGCGGAUAUCAUGAUUGUUACAGCAUUAGAAGAUAUUGCCUGGUUGCUCAAUUUGAGAGGUAGCGAUUUCGAAUAUGCGCCUCUGUUUUUUGCCUAUGUCAUCAUAGCCGAGAACGAUACUUACCUGUAUUUGCUUAAACAAGAUAGAGCCACGACCAACAAAAUUGAUAAUCACUUCCAAACCGAGCACAUCGACAUCAUUAUAAACGAAUACAACAAUACAGUGGCUGGAAUAAACACUGUCAUUCGGAACACAAAGGGAAUGGUGUUAUUAUCGUCGGCCAGUGAGGCUAUUCAAACGAUUGUGCCGUCAGAGCGAAGGUUAGAAGCCGAAAGUCCAAUUAUGAAAAUGCGAAUCAUUAAAAAUGACGUUGAAGCACAAAAAAUGCGUGAGGCCCACAAACGAGAUGGAGCCAGUAUCAUUAAGUACCUGUAUUGGUUGGAAACUGAAAUCGAUGACCAAAACAUCACCGAAAUAAAAGGUGCCGACAAACUCAAAAGCUAUAAAAGUCAACAUGAAUAUUAUCGUCGAUUGAGUUUUCAAACCAUAAGCGCCGUUGGUGCACAUGCAGCAAUGGCACAUUACAUACCAACAAAUGAUAGCGAUAGGCAAAUUACCCGCACAGAGCUUUACUUGAUCGAGUCAGGCACUCAAUAUAAAGAUGGAACGACUGAUAUGACGCGUACAGUGCACUUUGGCACACCGUCCGACACAGAGAAAGAUGCGUUCACUCGUGUGCUCAAAGGUUUUAUAUCGGUGGCAACAGCAGUUUUUCCACGAGGAGCACCGUUUUCAUUCUUCGAUGCGAUGGCAAGGCGAGCGCUUUGGGAUGUGGGAUUAGACUACGAUCACGCAACUGGGCAUGGGGUUGGUGCUUUUUUGAAGGUUCAUGAGUAUCCGCCGUUAAUAUCGAGCAAAAAUAUGCCGCCUGGAAUGUGCAAAAAUAUGUUCACAACGAACGAGCCGGGCUAUUACGAAAAUGGUAAAUUUGGCAUUCGACUAGGAAAUGUGCUUCAAGUGGUCGAUGCACCGCAUUCAUCCGAACAUUUCAGUGGAAAAGGAGCUUAUAAAUUUGAUGAUAUUACAAUGGUUCCGAUCCAAAAGAAAAUGAUUAAUGUCGAUUUGCUUUCUGAGUCUGAGAUUCAGUGGCUGAAUGAAUAUCAUGCAGGCGUUCGUAAUAAUGUUAGCCCAUUAUUGAGCGAUAAUUCGAAUAUUCUUGAAUGGCUGGAACGGGAAACGCAACCAAUAUCAAAGCAAAAUGAAGAGUGCACUGAAACAACAACGGAACAGCCAGAGACCACGACCGACCAAUAAGUCACAAAAAUGUGUUUCACUUUUCCUCUGGUUUUAUGUCUCUGAUCUCACAUCUUCCUCCUUCAUGUACAUAUUGCAUAUGGGGCGUAGUAUCCACAUGUAUAAAUUAGUUUCUGUUCCGUUCAUGAGGUAAUUUUGUUUUAAAUCCCAUAACCAAUUUGAUUCACUUCACAUUUCUGUGAUUGAGCGUUUGCCAACGAUUAUUUGUUACAAUUAAUCCCAUUUAUACAUAUACCAUAAAAUUUUAUACUUAUUUAUUUAAAUAUGUGCCUUAUAUAUGUGGAAAAAUCAUUUUAAAUCCCCAAUAAAGAAUCAUUUAAAUUGAAA